UUCGAAUUCGUAUCAGUAGUGAAAGUGUAGCAAAAGCGAACGGUUCGCCUAACGGGUACUCUACAAAAUUCCGAAUACAGAUUCGUCGAGUCGUCCGAACUAAAGUGCUGGCCCCAACAGCCAAAAGAGCCAAGUAGACUACAUACAUACACCAAGAUCCAACAGCUUCACUGGCCUUUCUGCAGCGGAAAAUACUUAAUACUAAAAACAAAAACCAAAAUACAAAAUAAAGGAAAAUUAAAAACGGAAAAGUGAAAACUCUGUUUUCAGUUGAGAAGUUAUUUUUAAAAAAUAUAUUUUUGGAAUUUUAAUUUCUUUCGUGGAUUGCCGCUGUGCCGCUACUUGCAAUCAUGUACAAGAAGAAGUGCGUGCGAUUGUGUUGAAGAUUUAAAAGUGUGUGAUUUCGUAUUAAAUUAAGAAAAUUGUGAAAUUUUUGGAAAACAAAUCAAUUUUAUUUUUGUGGAGAGAUAUUCUUGUGUGAGCAACAAAAUAUUUAACAGAACUGUGCUUUGUUGUGCUCUGAAAAUGUGGACAAAAUCCAAGGAUAAUAUUGCACAAUAUUUGUGUGUGGCGUUGUUGCUGUGUCUGGCUGCCAGCGCUUCCGCUCAGUACGAGCACUACGUGGAUACUUUGGGCGCCGAUAUAUUCUAUGAACAUCAGGAGGGCUCCGAGUUGCCAAUUCAUUAUUUGAAUGAGGGUGAUAGCGAGUUUGUCGCACUGGAUUUGGAUAGAUCCAUCAAUUUCUACAGUGAAAAAUAUGAUAAACUUUUUAUCAACACCAAUGGUAUAUUGACAUUCAACAUCGAGUUUCCCGAGUAUAUCAAUCAACCAUUCCCGCUAGAGUAUCCAUCGAUUGCGCCGUUCUAUGCCAAUGUCGAUACAACGCUCGCAUAUAAUAUUACCUCGAUAUCGGUAUUUGAAACCACAGAAGCACAACAACUGCAAAUAGCCGACGAUUUGGUGAAGUAUGCAUUCCCAGAUAAGGCGGAGUUUGCGCCAGACAAACUGAUUGUGGCCACUUGGAAGAAUGUGGGACACUUCAGUGCCAAAAAUGAUAAACUCAAUACCUUCCAGGUUAUACUGAUCGCCAAUGAGGAGGAAACAUUUGUGCAAUUCAUUUAUGCGCGCGAUGGCAUACAAUGGCUGCAAGGUGAGACUGGCGCUCUGGGCUUGCCCGAUAUACGCGCACAGGCCGGUUUCGUCGCCGAAGAUGGACGUCACUAUUACAUUGAGGGCUCAGGCACAGAUAGUGCGCGUUUUACAUUCUGCGAGAACUCAAACAUUGGUGUACCCGGUGUUUGGAUCUUUCAUGUUGGCGCCUUGAACGAAACAGCUAAUGUUGAGGUGCCCAUCGAUCAAGAAGGACUCAAUGCUAUACCAAAUGUGGAGACUUGUGCUGAUAGUGGACACAAAACUUGUAGUUUCAAUUCGGAUUGUCACGAAAAAUCGGAUGGUUUCUGUUGCGUCUGUCGCGAGGGUUUCUAUGGUAAUGGUAAGGACUGUCUCAAAAAUGAUUACCCAAUACGCGUGACUGGUACUUUGGCUGGUCAAAUCAAUGGACAAGUGAUCGAUGAACGCGCCAAAUUGCAAUCGUAUGUUGUCACCGCUGAUUCGCGCAGUUAUACCGCCGUUAAUCCGGUUAGCGUGGAGUUGGGCGCACAAUUACGUUUAGUGGUGCCCAUCUUCAGCGCCAUUGGUUGGCUCUUCGCCAAGUCAUUGCAUGGUGCAGUGAACGGUUAUCAUUUGACUGGUGGACAUUGCGUGCAUGUGUCGAAGGUACGUUUUGAUACCGGCGAAUCUUUGAUUGUCAAUCAGACAUUCGAGGGCUUGAACUACUGGGAUCAACUGUCUGUGAAGCUCGAAUUUUUCGGCGAUGUACCAACGGUGAGCAGUAAUGCCAAAUUACAUAUGGCCGAUUAUGUGGAUGAGUACGAGUAUGUGUCGCCGAAUGAAUUGCAUUCCGUGCAUGCGCAUUUGAUUGAGGUUCCAGAAGAAAAUCGUGUCAUCAACUUCCAACUGGAUCAGUCAAUUUACUUUGAACGUUGUUUGCUCGACGAUGAAGUCUUACCCACGGGCACAACUGUGCUGCAGAAGGCCUCGAAGAUUGUUUUAGACUAUUUCGAACGUGAUCAGGCUUUGCGUACCAGUGUGUUGACCAAGAUCGGUGUAGAUGCUGAGUCGAAUGCUUGUACUGAUGGCACUGCCAACUGUGGUGAGAAUACAAUUUGUGUGCCCUACGAGGAUACCUAUCGCUGUGACUGUCGUAAUGGUUAUGGUCCACAGCUGCAAGAAGAUGGCUUAGAGGUUUGCGUCGAUAUUGAUGAAUGUCUAUUGCAAACGCAUGCUUGCGAUGAGAAUGCGCUGUGCACCAAUAAUGAAGGCGGUUUCACUUGUAUCUGCUUCGAAGGUUUUGAAGGUAACGGUUAUCGUUGCUUGAGAAAUGAAACGCUCAUUGGGCAACAAGAGGACUAUUCACCAGGGUACAUUAUUAGCAAUAACUAUCAGGAUGAGUGUCAGCGUUGCUCUCACGAUGCCGAUUGCGUAGAGAGCCGUUGUGAAUGCCGUGCUGGUUUCGAGGGUGAUGGUUACGUAUGUAAUCACAUCUGUGGUCAUGAUCAAGUGUUGGAAAAUGGUCGUUGCGUACCAAUUUUAUUGGAUGAACAUCCAGUUCAACCCCAAUGUAACUUCUUGGGUGAAUGCGAAUGCCCCUCUGGUUACGAGUUGAUUGAGGAUUCUCAAACUUGUCGUUACAUUGCACAAUACACCGCCGAUUCGAAAUCUGAAGAAUUAAUACCCUGUGAUGUGGAUGCUAACUGCCACAUUAAUGCUACAUGUGAGUGGUAUGAGAAUGAGAUGCGUCAUGCGUGCACCUGCAAUCAAGGCUUCCAAGGCGAUGGCUACAACUGCGAACUCAUCAACACAUCCUGUGCCUAUAACGGCGACAUUUGCGAUCCACAUGCCUAUUGUUUAUACGAGGAGUCGCGUUGCGUUUGCGAGGAGGGUUACGAAGGUGAUGGCUAUCACUGUCAGCUGGCGCCCGAUUGUCGUGAUAACUCCACCUGUGGUCAGAAUGCUUUCUGUAUCGUCGGCGUCUGUCAGUGCUUGGCCGGUUUCGAGCGCGAUGUAUCCGAUCUUUGCGUGCCUGCUGGACGUUGUGGUCCAGUCUUUUGUGGCGCAAAUGCGAUCUGUAAAUGGGACUCGCAACAGGGUGUACAAUACUGUGACUGCAUUGAGGGCUAUGAAGGUGAUGCCUUGGAGGGUUGCCGCAGCAUACCGCCACCAUGCAAUGUGCGUAACAACUGUGGUGUACAUGCCACCUGUGAGCCCACCGACGAUCCAGCUCGGUAUGAGUGUCAGUGCAAUGCUGGUUUCCACGGUGACGGCUAUGUUUGUGUGGAGGAUCAGAAUUGUCUCAACACCCCACAGAUGUGCGACAUGAACGCCAAAUGUCUGUCCACCAAUAAUGGACUUGUCUGCGUUUGCAAUCAAGGGUUUUAUGGCAAUGGCUCACUGUGUUUGGAACGUCAACAACAUGAAUCUGGUUUCUUGCUCGUCAGUCAAGGUGUCGUCAUUGUGCGUGUACCGUUGAAUGGCAAGAAUGUAAAACCCAUUUCGGUGGCUUCGAUGGCUAUUGGACUUGAUAAGGAUUGCGUAGAAGGACGCAUUUACUGGGGUGAUAUUUCAUCAAAGAAGAUCGUUAGCGCUAAAUACGAUGGUACAGAUUUGAAAACUUUCUUGUCGGAUGAUAUUGAGUCACCGGAAGGCAUUGCUAUUGAUGUCAUUUCACGACGCAUCUAUUGGACUGAUUCGGUGAAGGAUACAAUUGAGGUGGCCAGUUUGGAAAACGCCACAUUGCGUGCUGUGUUGGUCAACAAGAAUCUGGUUAAUCCACGUGGUAUUGCCGUAGAUCCAUACAGAGAAAAACUCUACUGGUCCGAUUGGAAUCGUGAAGCACCGAAAAUCGAAAUGGCUGACUUAGAUGGUACUGGACGUGAAUCGUUGUUGGCUAGUGGUGCUGUAAUUUUACCCAAUUCACUGGUCAUACUCGAGAGCAGCGGCGAACUGUGCUAUGCUGAUGCCGGUACUAAGAAGGUGGAGUGCAUUGAUUCAUACUCGAAACGGCUGCGUACAAUCUCCAACGAUUUGACCUACCCCUUCGGCUUGACAUUCACACACAAUCAAUUCUACUGGACUGAUUGGACAACCAAAAAAUUGGAGAGCGUCGAUACUUUUGGCAAUCGUCAAAAGGGCAUUCAGACGCCUUUCUUCGGCAGUCACAAAAUGUACGGCAUGACCGCCAUCGAGGAUAGUUGCCCGCAAUUGAAUAGUCCCUGUCUGAUCAAUAACGGUGGUUGCGUGGAUGCACGCAUCUGCUUGGUGAACAGCAAGGCGCCAUCGGGCAAGAGCUGCAAGUGCACACCACAGUCGAAGACCUGCAAUGUGCCACUGUACGGUGGACAGUUUUAAGGCAUCGAUGCGCCCUUUUCUUAUCCAAUAAAUACAGUUAAUAAGAGAAAUGUUUUUAUUUAUUCGAAUUUUUUUACAGCAGCACAAACUCAUUGCACAGUUUUCUUAAUCAGAUAUAUAUGUAUACGUGUAUGUAUGUAUUCUUAUAAAUUAUGUACCUAGAAGCACAUAAUAGAAGCAAAAUGCAGAAGAAGAAAAAACUAUUUAUAAAUACCAUAUAAGCUAAAAACACCAAUGAUUUUUUUGUAAUUUUUAUAAGCCGAGUAUAUUGUCCCAUAAAUAUGUAUGUAUAGAUGUGUUCGAUAUAUAUAUUUUUCGGUAAAUCUAAGUAAUAAAGAGAAAUACAUAUCCACAUAA